AUGUCUACUCCAACACCCAUUGAUCGGGAUGAGCUUGAGACUGAGCUUGGGAUUAUUGCUAUGUUCCAAGCACAGUAUCUACACAAAAUCAGCCAAGGGAAUACCAACGCCGCCGUGCUGCAAAGACCCGCCAUAGUAAAAGCAAGAAAGCUUGCCUUGGCAAGUUCGUUGGCCAGGGAGACAAAGCGGAGUUUCGAGGAGGUGAUGCAGGAAGUGGAGCUCGGUUUCAUGGUGCAACUUAGAAGAAUAUUGGCGAGAGAUGCUAAGGAUGAUCCUGUGCUUAAGGGACUAAAGACUAUAGUAGUAGUUGAUGGAGAUGGAGAGGUGUGUGGAAUCUGUUUGGAGGAGAUGAAGCAAGGUUGUGAAACUAAGGCUAUGGACUGCAAGCAUAGGUUUCAUCCUUCUUGUAUUUUUCAGUGGCUUAGCAGAAAGAAGAAUACUUGUCCUUUGUGCAGACACCAGAUGCAAAUUCACUGA